UCAAGCAAAUUUAGUUUCCGAACGCACCGUCAGCGCUCUCAACGAAGGACGUCGUGAAAAACUAGGAAAAGCCAAAUCAAAGUCGUCCAUAUUUGUUUGGUGCGCUCUUGCCCGCGGCUAUUGAAAAUUUUAGGACCAACGAGUCAGUGAAAUUUUGCAGAGUGGCGAAGAUUACGCCGUACCCGAGCAUGAGUUACUCAGGGAGGAGUAAAUUCGAGAUCGGUCGGUUCUCGGGCGAGGAUGAGAACCACAUCAACAAGAAGCUGCCGAAGGAGCUGCUGCUGCGGAUCCUGUCGUACCUGGACGUCGUGUCGCUCUGCCGCUGCGCCCAGGUUUCGAAACUAUGGAAUAUUCUGGCUCUCGACGGCUCCAACUGGCAGCGGAUAGACCUCUUCGAGUUCCAGAGAGACGUCGAGGGUCCCGUUAUAGAGAACAUAUCGCAGCGCUGCGGCGGGUUCCUCCGUCAGCUCUCCCUCCGAGGGUGCGAGAGCAUAGCUGAUGGUUCUAUGAAGACCCUCGCACAGUCAUGCCCAAACAUCGAAGAUUUGAACCUGAACAAAUGCAAGAAGCUCACCGAUCAAACAUGCCAGGCACUCGGCAGGCGAUGCAGCAAGCUACAGAGGAUAAAUCUGGACUCUUGCCCCAGUAUCUCGGACAUAUCACUGAAAGCGCUGUCGGACGGAUGUCCGCUCCUGACGCACGUGAACGUGUCGUGGUGCCAGUCCAUCACGGAGAACGGUGUGGAGGCGUUAGCUCGUGGCUGUCCUAAACUAAAGAGCUUCAUAUGCAGAGGCUGCAAGAAUGUGAACGACAGAGCUGUGUCGUGCCUGGCCAUAUACUGUCCGGACCUGGAGGUGCUCAAUGUACAGGGCUGCGAAAGCUUAACAGACGAGUCCAUAUCCAAGUUGAACGGCGGCAUGCGGCUCCUCUGCGUGUCGGGGUGCUCGCGCCUCACCGACGCGGCGCUGGCGGCGCUGGCGGCGCGCUGCCCGGAGCUGGUGACGCUGGAGCUGGCGCAGUGCACGCAGCUCACGGACGCCGGCUUCCAAGCUCUAGCCAGGAGUUGCCGGCUGCUGGAGCGGAUGGACCUGGAGGAGUGCGUGCUCAUCACUGACGUCACGCUAGUGCACUUGUCCAUGGGCUGCCCCCGGCUCGAGAAACUGACGUUGUCCCACUGCGAGCUGAUAACGGACAACGGCAUCAAGCAACUCUCCAUGUCCCCCUGCGCCGCGGAGCACCUCACCGUGUUGGGUCUAGACAACUGUCCGCUGGUGACGGACGGGGCGCUGGAGCACCUGACUUCGUGCCACAACCUGCAGCUGAUCGAGCUAUACGACUGCCAGUUGGUCACUAGGAACGCCAUCCGGAAACUUAGGAACCACCUGCCCAACAUAAAGGUGCACGCGUACUUCGCGCCGGUGACGCCGCCGGCGGCGGGCGGCGCCGCGCGCCCGCGCUACUGCCGCUGCUGCGACAUCAUAUGAUCGACCACCACACACAACGGUGGUAACGUGAACCGGUAAAUCUACGUGUCGUCAUACUUCCGAUUCGUGCUGUAUACACCGUGCUGCUCGGUACUACAGGAUUAUUCGUGCUGUAUACACCGUGCUGAUCGGUACUACAGGAUUAUGAGAUAUGAGUGCUGGGACUAAAGGUCUACAUAAAUGUGCGAAUUAUCACGUUUUUAUGGCGUUUUUCGUCUUAGUCGACUCGGGCAAGGCUCGGAAUCGAUUUAACCCUUUUCUUGGCAACGUAUCAUAUAAGAUACAUAAUUUUACACCCUAUUUUUGUAUUUUGUUCAAAAAGCAUUUUGUUGCUUUAUCAGGCGCAAGUGAGGCUUGAACUCACGUAUUUUUUUUUUUAAUUUUGCCAAGUAAAAGUUAAAGGGACCGGUUAAUUUAAUAUCGGUUUAUUCCGGUUUCUAUUAGAACUUGAAAACGCGAACGUUUUAAGGGCUUUAUUUAGCAUGAAUGAACCGUUUAUUUGACAAGCACGUGAGGCGGGCAGUGGGCAGGAGGGUAGUUAAGAUUUUGAACCGAUUAUUGUUUAUUACCAGUUAAAGGUUCUAUACCGGUUUAAAAAUAACGGUUUUUGGAACGAAACUGCAAUAAAAUGUUUUAUGUCACAUAUGAUAAAUAAUUUAACCGGUAUCCGAGCCUUGUUUUACUAGCACGACUAAUUGAAAAACCGGUAAAGUCGGUAAUGGUCAUGAAUGUCACUAAUAUCAUAGCUAUACGGGCGUAAAGGGAAUGAGUUAAAUAAAAGAAAGAAAGAGGAAAUAUUAAUACACCGGGGGCAUAUUGAAUAACAACAUGUAAUAUGAAUUAUAUGAAUGUAAAAAUGUCCAUAUUGUAAUAAAUACCAGCAUGUAUUCAAUACUGUUUCAUAGUGAAGUUAGUCUUAAAUAUAUUAAAAACGGGUCACUCACGUAUUCGGUCCGUCACUGUAAACGCAAGCUCCUGAUGACACUACUCAGUACGGAGUGAAACAUGUCGAGCGUUUUUCGACUUAAAAUACGUGAGUGACCCUGAUUUAAACUUUCACGAUUAUUAAACAUUAUCAAACUGCACAACGGGACCUAAUCGCGUAUUUAAGUUUUAAGAUUUACCUCCAACGUUUCGAGGACGGCGUUGUCCCCGUGGUCUCGGAGAAGACUGGCUCAAGUUGACAUCAACAUCUUCUAGCCGCGCGAGUUUUUCGAACUACCCGCACUUGGUCUUGUUUAUCAGUUUGAACGUUUAACGUUGAACGUUGGAGGUAAAUCUUAAAACUUAAAUACGCGAUUAAGUCCCGUUGUGCAGUUUGAUAACGUGAGUGACCCGUUUUUAAUAUAUUUAAUAGUCUGUGUCUCACGGAAGUUUUGUUAUUAAAAGUUAGUCUUAAGAUAGCUAAUUUCUAUUUAGGGUUUGGAAGCGACAGUUGUUGGCGGGACACUUGAAAAGUGCCCUUCGUGUAUGUAAUCAAUGUAAUUAUAUUUUGAACUCAUUUCACGUCUGAAAUGGAAUUUGUAACAUUUUAUGUUGGGAGGGAGAUUGCUUAUCUAUACAAAUGCGGUCACCAUUUUGUUCCCUGGAUAUUAGGCAUUAUGGAAAACAAUUUUACUAAAUUUGAUGUACAGUCACCUGCAAUAAUAUGUUACUCUUCGAAAGCCGCAAAAAUAUGUGACACGCUCUUAUGGCUCUACAAAUAAGAUCAUGUCAGAUAUUUUUGCGGCCUCCGAAGAGUAACAUAUUAUUGCAGGUGACUGUACAUAUUAACCAUUAUGCGAUUGACUUCGAUUUUUUUUAUUAAACGUUUUUUUUUGUGUUAGACGCGAAAAAAUGUAUAAAAUAAUUUGUAAGCUCUUAAAACUUGUAUAAAAAUAAAAAAGACAAAGAGCAUAGCUGUGGUUAAUACAUCAAAUUGUGUUAAAAUAAAAUAUUUUCUAAAUAUUAAUAUCCAGAGAGGAAAAUAUGGACUAUGUUUUGUAUAGAGAAGGGGCGGCCACUUACCUCUAAUGGCUCUAACCUAACAUAUACUAGUGUAUCAUAUACGAAAUUGUCGAAAGUCCGUCUAUUUGUGUUGUUUGAAUCAUUCUAAGUUGUGUAAUAAUAAUCCUUUUGAGUUUAAAAACAGGAUUAUUUAACCUUUUCUCUGCCACUGACUGUACAGUUUAAAAACAAAAGUGCAUUUUUACAAGUCAUUUUAUACCGAAAAUGGCUUCUAAGGGGUUAAGAGAAGGAAAUAGUUUAUCCCUUCCAUCUUUUUAAUUUACUAAACACAUUUUUCCUUAUGUAUCUUAUAAGAUACAUAUAAAAGCCGGGAUGGUUACGUACAUAAUUGUUUUAAAUGUUAGUUGACAAGAUACAUUUACUAUGUCCAGUCGCCAUCAGAUAUAUCGGAGCAGUCGAGGUACUCAUAAAUAUCUGAACACGCCUCUAUUGUCAAGGCGAGGCGUGUUCAGAUAUCUUUGAGCAUCUCGGCCGCUCCGAUAUAUUUAAUGGCGACUGAUCAUAUACUGAAUAUGUAAUUUAAAAAUACGAUUUUCUAACCAGAGUAAUUCGCCAGCAACUGGCCGGUUUUAGUAAUUGGCCACCAAAUGAAUUAUAUUCACCUAUAAACAGAGUUAAUUUUAGUAUAAGGUUUCAAUAACUGGCCAGCCUUCAAUAACUAGCCGCCUUAUACUUAAAAUGAAUUCUAUUUAUAGGUGAAUAGAAUUCAUUUUUAGUUUAGGGUGGCCAAUUACUAAAACCGGCCAGUUACUGGCGAAUGGGGUUGGCAACUGUCAAAGGUUUGCCUAGAUGGCGCCAUCAUAGCUUGCCCCUUUUUCUAUGAGAUUUGGCUUAAAGAGCUGGCAUCCAGGGUAUUAAAAAAACAAAAAUUUGACACAAUUCUAGGGAUUGACGGGGCAAGCUAUGAUGGCGCCAUCUGAUAAAAACUUCCACCGGCCAACCCCAUUACCCCACCUAUCAACGAAUUAAUAAUGUCACACUUUGGUUGAUUGAAUCGUAUGUUUCAAUAAAUAUAACAUAUAUGUGAAAGGCUUUAAGAAUGCUAAUUAGUUAUGUUAAGAUUUGUAGAUAACAGCGGCGGGGUGUUACACUGUAGGCACAGAAUAAAUAAUAGUACCUACUCGGUACAGAAGGUUCACUCUCUAACAAAAUGCGUCUAUUACGACAGAUAUGACCGCUAGGUGGCGCAAACGGGAGCAGGCAUGCGUUCCGUAGCGGUGCGCGGCAACUACUACUGCUAGACACCAUAAUUGGUGUGGGCCGCAUGUACUUGUAGCGAGGCGACGAAAUCGCGGAGUGAGCCACGCCUGGUUAAAGCUAAAGAAUAACGACCCGAUUCGAACUUUACUAUACGUUAAAAAUUAGUUCUGGCUCUGGAUACGAUAUGGAUCGGAUAUUUCGGUGUCAAAUGUGACGUUUUUGUUUGAAGAACCAUAUCGUAUCUAGUGCUAAAUUUUGACGUAUAUUAAAGUUGGAAUCAGGCCGAAACGGUCUUUAAAUAGGCUAGCCUGUGGGUUCUACUUAUGGACGCUCCGCCCCUGGUAGUUAAAUAAAUAUUUAUGAGCUGGUUAUAUUAUAAUAUUACGUAUGGAGUUAUGUGAUGAUGAUUAUAAUUAAAUAUAUUGAUGAUUAUUAAUUAAUUAUAAUUAUAUUCGCUCGUCGACAAGAGAGGAUUGCUCAGGUAAAUACGGGAUGUUUUUGCAACAUUUAGCUAAAUUCGAAGUGAUUACCUAUGUAAAGGCCUGUCCACAUAGGAUGCGUGCGCGGAGACGGGCACGUGCGCGUUGUAAUAUACAGAUCCUUAUGGGAGACGGCACACCGCUUGCGUGACGUGCGCGUGCGCCGCUCCAACAUUUUAACGCACACCCACGCAUGCACACAAAAAAUUGUUAUUUCUUAAAUUUCGGCAAUUUUUUUCGUUAAUUUAGGGGAUCUACUUAUAGUAAAAGUUAUGCACUAAGUUCUAGGGUAAUUCGCCAGUAACUGGCCACCUGUUAGUAACUGGCCACCCUAAACUAAAAAUGAAUUCUAUUCACCUAUAAACAGAAUUCAUUUUAGUGAAAGAAUUCAGUAUAAGGUGGCUAGUUAUUGAAGGCUGGCCAGUUACUGAAAUCGUAUCCUAAAAUGAAUUCUGUUUAUAGGUGAAUAGAAUUCAUUUUUAGUUUAGGGUGGCCUGUUAUUGGCCGGUGGCCAGUUACUGGCGAAUCACCCCACAUAUUCAACUCGAAGUUUAGCUAGCUUUGCAAAACAACAGUCGCGUCACGACAUGUUAUGGUGACGAGUGUAAUAGGCCCCUCAAGUAAAUAUGAAAUAUAACCGCUCGGUAUAAUAUUAUAAUUAUGUGAUAUGUAACUUAGCUGUAAGUUUACUAAUGGUGUGAUAUUUCACGUAAUGCUUUUACAAAAGUUGUGCAUUGAAUAAAAUCAUUUUUUUAA